CCAGGCAUUUGUUAGUAUGUGAAAAGUCUAGCUUUAAGAGCACAAAUUCACGACAUUCGAUUCAUGUGCAGCAGCACUACUUCAAUUAUAGACACAUAAAAAAUGGAUACAGUGGGUGAAGUUUGCAACCAACUGUAUGAUAAAGAGAAAACAAUCAAAAUAAGCCAUCAUCAAACAGAAAGUUAAAAGGAUAAAUGUAUACUAAACUCGCUUCCUGAAGACAGAGACCUCCGAAAGUGGGCCUUUCCAUUGGAAUUGUAAAGAAACUAGAAUAUGCAAUUAAAGGAGGUAUCUGUUUUAAUACCAGAGUGCAGUGCACUUCCUCAGAAAAUUGACAGUAUCAUUAAGGACUUGGGAAGCUAUCACCUGGUGAAAGAUGUACCUCUCCACAAACUUGUUUGUGAGGAAUUCAUUACCACUUUUUUGAGCAAAGGUUCAUUUUAUGCUCUGUCCUACAGCACAAGAAUUGAUCAAGAUAAUGCUGCUGCUCUGCUACCAACAGGCAAGCUUAUUAUAUCAGUGGAUAAGGACACUUAUGAAGAGCUUGGAUUGGAAGGACAAUCAUCUCGUUAUUCUCAUAAAACACCUAUGAGAUAUGUGAUCUCUAUGGAUCUAACAGCAUCAUCUUUUGCCCCAGGUGGAAACCGGUAUAAGAGAGUAAUGUGGGCUCUAGCAGAAAAGAAGCCACUGAAGUUUGACUUUUUGAUGGCUUGGAAUCCAUCAGAUGACAGAAGAGCAAAUUUAAUUUCAUACUUUUCUGCAUACCAGUUAAAGGAAUACCAGCCAAGUGUAGCUAUUAAAACACUGAAAGACAUUGAAUGCCCAGUUCUACAGAGCAGUGACCUAAGAGCAACUUCCGCUGAAUCAUGUGAUGCACAAGAAUUUUUUGACUGGCAAGGUGUAGUGUUUAAUGAGAUUGAGAGCGAAAAUGACUCUGGUAACUUCCUGUCAACCUACUGCUGUCCAGAUCCUAAUAUUGUUGCUGACCAGGCUACCCUGUGUACCAUCACUGGAUUUAUCCUUCCAGAGAAGAUACACCUGUUAUUGGAGAGUCUGUGCCAUUAUUUUACUGAACCAAAGCUUACCCCAUGGGCAGUCCUAGCAGUGCACGGUUUUGCAGACAGUCCAGUGACCUGGAGAGAAGAUGAGCAUGGUUUCCAUAAAGGUGGAGAGAACCUUUAUAGUUUUGUUGUGUUUAGAAAUCAUGAUUAUUGGCUUCAAAUGGCAGUAGGUGCCAAUGAUGGUUGCCCACCUUAAGAUGAUGGAUUUUAUGAAGAAGUGUCUUACAUCUGGGUUCAAAAACUAUCCUAAAUUCACCUUAAGUUGAUGGAUUGUAUGAAGAAACCUCUUACAAAUGGAUUCUAAGCCUGGCCUGAACAGUUACAUUGUUUAAAGGCAACUGCUUUAUAUGCAGUGGAUUUAUUUUAAAUGGAAAUAUUUUGUUUUUCAGUAUCACUUUAUUUUAGGGAAGGUAUUAAACAAUAUCUAGUCAUAUUUAUUUUUUUAUUUUAUGUUGUUUAACCAUGUUAAUCCCAUUAUGGAAAAGUGUCAAUGUUUAGAUGAGUUAUGGGAGCCUGGAUCUUUCAAGUGAGUUGAUGAUAACACAGCAUGUGUGCAACACCUGUAGGUCAAAUCCACAUCUGCAGAAUGAAGUUUAUUUACAGAUUUUAUAAUCUUAGUUUACUGAUGUCUCUUAGCUUUGUCAGCACAUUUUUUAUAUGUAAAUGUAGAAAGCACUCGUUUGCUACACAUUGGAACAGAAAUUCUUAUCCUCCAUUGCUCAGAUGUAUGAAAAAGUAAACAUUAUCGGUUUUAUUUUGCUAUA